AUGCAAUUGAAGCUGGAAAACAUUACGGGCAGGGGUGAGGGCAAACUGGAGGCACUGUGGCAAGAGUAUCAGUCAGUGUUGGCUGGAUAUGGCAAGCAUAUUGAGGGCUUCUACGCCGAGUACGUGGAUCUGAAGCAGCGCGACGAGGAGAGCGCUCAACAGAUCAGCCAGCAGAGCUAUGAGAUCGAGCAUCUGAUUGAGCAGCUGUCCAAUCUUCGACUGCUCGCCGAGGAGCAGCAGAUCAAACAGCAGGCACAGCUGCAGCACAGACAGAGCAUUAAGCAGCAGCUCACGGAACGAUUGCGAGAAUUGCGCGAUUGCGUCGACAAGGAGCUGGAGCAGGAACACAAGCUCUUCAAGCAAAUGUCCGUGGAGAGCUAUGAGGCCAUCGAGACACUCAAAGGUCAUCUGACACAGGGAGAAACUUUAAUCCAACUGUCGCGGAUUUGCUCCAAAAUGGAAACUCAGCGCGAAAAGUUGUUUCAACUGCCGCAACUUUCACGCGAGAUCAUAGAGAUUAGAGAACUCCAAUCGCCGACUGAUGCCGUUAAUGCAGUCAGCGAUCCACUGAAGGAGGAAGUUGCCGCCUUGCCGCAAAUGGAAAUAUUUUGGCGGCGUGUCAAUAACGUCGCUGUGGAUGUGGCCUGCUUGAAGCAGCAGAAACGCACUUUGGAGGCGGCCAAUACACGGCUCAAGGCCGAUUUGCAGGAGUAUCUCAUCAAUUUGAACAUCAGCAAUGGCUCCAACUGCCACAUACACGACUAUCUGGCCAAGCGACCCCGCAGCAUGUCCGUUGAUCGCGUCACGCAGCUGCGCCUUCAGCCGAAGCAAGUAAAGAGUGCGAUGGCAACGGCAAGGGGCGGGGAACGGCGUCCCAAUGGUGGUCAUGUGCCCACCUGUGAGGCGAGCAUUUCGAAUAUGGUGCGCUCGCAUAAUCUUCUGAAAGGCAAGCCGCAGUUGGCCAAGAUUGAGAUCAGAAGGCAUUUGUAGAUUCCCCAUUGC